AGGUCCAAACCCAGAUGGCCGUACAGCCCCCGAGGCCCUAACCCAGAUGGCCGUACAGCCCCCGAGGUCCAAACCCAGAUGGCCGUACAGCCCCCGAGGUCCAAACCCAGAUGGCCGUACAGCCCCCGAGGCCCUAACCCAGAUGGCCGCCCUUGGCCGUACAGCCCCCGAGGCCCUAACCCAGAUGGCCGUACAGCCCCCGAGGCCCAAACCCAGAUGGCCGUACAGCCCCCGAGGUCCAAACCCAGAUGGCCGUACAGCCCCCGAGGCCCUAACCCAGAUGGCCGUACAACCCCCGAGGCCCUAACCCAGAUGGCCGUACCGCCCCCGAGGUCCAAACCCAGAUGGCCGUACAGCCCCCGAGGCCCAAACCCAGAUGGGCAAUCUCCCUCAAGCCAAACCCAACACCCA